AGAACUAUAAAGUGCAUUACUACUCACUGGGCUCUCUCUUAUAGAGAUUAGAAGUGCAAAUUUCAAACCCCUUUUCCUACAGAUUCUGAGUCUGCUAUGGCGUCACGCGCAUUUCUUAUGUUGGGGAUGCUUCUGCUGGUGUGUCUUGUUAAGGUUUCAUCUGAUCCGAAGAUAGAAGAAGAAACACUAGAAGAAGAACUGCAGUUUCCCAAUGAACCACUUGUCAUGAGAGACGGGAACAGAAGGCUAAUGCAAGAAAUAGAUUGUGGUGGGUUAUGCAAGUCAAGAUGCAGUGCUCAUUCAAGGCCGAACGUGUGUACUAGGGCAUGUGGCACGUGCUGUGUGAGGUGCAAGUGUGUCCCACCUGGUACCUCUGGAAAUAGGGAACUCUGUGGAACUUGCUACACUAGCAUGACCACCCAUGGCAACAAGACUAAGUGCCCUUAGACAACCAAAUCUCAAAAUCUCAUUGUCAUUUCUUCUUCAUUCAUUAUGCACUGUACUGCUAUGUGGCAAUCAAUAUGUCUGCACUUCCUUGGCUCUAUUAUUAGACUACUAUAAAUGUUUUUCUUUAGAGGGUGUGUUCUGGUUUGUGUGCCUGCAUGAUUACUGUGAUGGGUCAUGUAGACUUUCUACCUUUGUUCUCAUUAAUAUAAAGAGAGUCAUUACCAUUUCCAUUUCA